AUGAUUCCCCAAGUAAAUCCCGAUUCUGCUCAGACUGUUGUGGGUGAAUCGGGACCUGUCGUAUCUGCCAACGACUCCGAACCACCUCGCUAUCAAGUCUUUCACAUAGAGCAUUCCCCAAACGUUCACAAGAUCUUUAUCCCAACCGGCUUCCCUCGACCAGCCGGCUACCUUUACUUCGUCACAGACCUCUCUCUUCAAGACCAUCCAGAAACCACACUACCUGUCACAGCUGAUGUUCUCAAGUCAUCAGAACAGAUGGGUGACAUAUGCCAAAGUCGAUUCGUUGGAUACAUUGCAUCUCAGGAUCUUGAUCGUAUGCGAGCCAUGAUCAAAGAAUAUUCAAGGCCGCUCGGCCCUGACGAUUAUGCGCCUCUCCCCGAUUAUGCGACUCGGUGUGAAGUUUGGGUUCGUGCUGUUGUUGCGACGCUUCUUAAUGAUGGUAUUCUCGAAGCACCUCCUCCAGAACCUGCGGCUCCAGGUGGGCAUAGGCUUCCUAGGCAUCACCACACGGCCCAUUGUAUUCACCAACGACUUCACUCCUAUCAUCCUUACAGACGUCGGAGUCGUCAGCCUAUCGAUCAGGGUCACUGA